UACUAGGACCCAGGAGCAGCCCGAGCUUCGCGUCGGCGGGAUUGACCUCUGAGAAAGGGCGGCUGUGUCCUCCUAUACCACGGGACGGUGCGCUUGCGCAGUCGGACUCCCGGCUUGCCGGGCUGAGGAGCGCAGGCGCACUGCGACUGAGCAACGCAAGAUGGCAGCCUGGUCCGUCUCACGCUGGCUGGCGGAGGCGGCAACCGCUGCCGGGAGCUGCCGGGCGGGCGGCGCGGAGCCGCGGCGCCUGGCUCUGGUGCUGGCUCUUGCCCGCUGGCGGAGCGUGGCCCCCGUCGCCUCUCGCGCGGCCCUGGCGCCGCGGAUGGGAAACCGCUCCGGAAUCCGACCGCUUCCUCUCGUCUGGGCGGCUUCGAUUCACACCAGCGCCUCGAGCAGCAGCAAAGAGGAUUAUUACCAGAUUCUGGGUGUGCCUCGCAGCGCCAGCCAGAAGGAGAUCAAGAAGGCCUAUUACCAGCUUGCCAAGAAGUAUCAUCCUGACACCAAUAAGGAUGACCCUAAAGCAAAGGAGAAGUUUUCUCAAUUGGCUGAGGCCUAUGAGGUCUUGGGAGAUGAAGUAAAGCGGAAGCAGUAUGACACUUACGGUACCGCGGACUUUGGCUUUGGCUCUGGCUCGGCAGGUUCCGGGCAGCAGUACAGGCACACUGGCCCAACUAUUGACCCUGAGGAGCUGUUUAGGAAGAUCUUUGGGGAGUUCUCGCAGUCCCCUUUUGGAGACUUUAGCACUGUCUUUGACCAGCCCCAGGAGUACAUUAUGGAUCUGACAUUCACCCAGGCGGCAAAGGGCGUCAACAAGGAGAUCAUGGUGCAGAUCAAUGACAACUGCCAGCGCUGUGAUGGCAGAGGGCAUGAACCGGGCACCAGAGUAGUGCAUUGCUCCUACUGCAACGGGACUGGCACAGAGACGAUCAACACAGGCCCGUUCGUCAUGCGUUCGACGUGUCGACGGUGUGGUGGGCGGGGUUCAGUUGUAACUAACCCAUGUGUGAUUUGUCGUGGCUCUGGCCAAACCAAGCAGAAGAAGACAGUGAUGGUCCCGGUCCCAGCAGGUGUGGAGGAUGGACAGACCGUUCGGAUGCCUGUUGGAAGGAAAGAAAUUUUCAUUACUUUCAGGGUUCAGAAAAGCCCCGUGUUCCGGAGAGACAGUGCUGAUAUCCACUCCGACCUCUUCAUCUCCAUAGCACAAGCUGUUCUUGGAGGGACAGCAAGGUCGCCCGGCCUAUAUGAGACGAUCAACGUUAUGAUCCCCCCUGGCAUCCAGGCUGACCAGAGGAUUCGGAUGAGCGGGAAGGGAAUUCCCAAGGUGAACAGCUACGGUUAUGGAGACCACUACAUUCAUAUCAAGGUCAAAGUUCCCAAGAGGCUGACUGAUCGCCAGCGAGCCUUGAUGCUGAGCUAUGCAGAAGAUGAAACCGAUGUAGAAGGGACUGUGAAUGGCAUCACCAGCACCACUACUGGAAAACGUUCCACUGGAAACUAGAUGUUGGGGCAGCAGCAGUCUGGAAGGCGUGAUGCCAGUGGCUUUAGAACUGAAGACAGACACACGUUGAAGGUCCACAGCCCGAUGGCUCCAUUGAAGGAAGAAGGCCACUCCUCUAGAUGUUAGACUGCAGCGUUUUCAACCGGGGGCUUUGGGUGGGGGAUGGAGUUGUGAAAGGUUCUUGGUCUUCCUGGACUUGUUUCUCUCUGAACAGAGCAGACUGC